UGUACGCGUGUGGCGAGGCCAAUGGUUGUAACUAACUGCUCUCUGUUGCGCAUGCUUGAUUUCCAAAUUCAGAGAGGUAAAUAAAGAGUGUGCAGCAGUACUUGGUCAAACGUAGACACGAAACGGAUUAAAUUAAAAUAUCCUGAAUGAACAUGAGCUACACUACCGAGGAAAGAGGAAAGCGCAACACUCUGAGUUACAGGGUGUUUUUCAAAAUCUCUGGAGGAAAGUAUAUUUCUCCAUUUCAUGAUAUACCAAUGUAUGCAGAUGAGGCACAGAAUUUCUUCAACAUGGUUGUUGAAGUACCAAGAUGGACAAACGCCAAAAUGGAGAUUGCCACCAAGGAUGCACUAAACCCAAUAAAACAAGAUGUUAAGAAAGGCAAACUGCGAUAUGUUGCUAAUGUGUUUCCUCACAAAGGCUAUAUCUGGAACUAUGGAGCAAUCCCACAGACAUGGGAAGACCCAGGACACAAAGAUACAGAAACUGGUUGUUGUGGUGACAAUGAUCCAAUUGAUGUGUGUGAAAUUGGCAACAAGGUUUGCUCCAUAGGAGAGGUCAUUAAAGUUAAAGUUUUAGGUACCUUGGCUCUGAUUGAUGAAGGAGAAACUGACUGGAAAGUCAUUGCAAUCAAUGUUGAAGAUCCAGAAGCAAAUGCUUUUAACAGUAUUGAUGAUGUUAGACGGCUGAAGCCAGGUUACCUGGAAGCUACAGUAGACUGGUUCAGAAGGUACAAGGUACCAGAUGGUAAACCGGAAAACCAGUUUGCAUUCAACGGAGAGUUUAAAGAUAAGGACUUUGCCAUCAAUAUUAUAAAGAGCACCAAUGAUUAUUGGAAGGCUCUUGUGUCUAAAAUAAGUGACGGGGAACUCAACUGCACAAACACAUGUGUCUCUCACAGUCCUUUCAUGUGCACUAAAGAAGCUGCACAAGCAGUCGUUGAUGCGACACCACCAUGUGGAAAUGCAGAUCCGGUUCCAUCAGAUGUGGACAAGAUGUAUUAUUAUGAGAAGAAAUAAAGCAAGAGGAUAAUUGCCAAAAGAACAGCCCGCACUCCUCUACCUAGGAAGUGUACUUGAAAAUGGUCUAAAAUGUUAGUUUUUAAAACUGUGUAAAGGAAGUGCUGCAGAACAAAACAUGUAUCCAUCCCUGUGAAAUUAAAUUUGAUCAAGUAAAACUCAGGUAUUAUUAAUAAACAAAUGAGCUGCUUAUAUAAACAAAGUUGUACUGUAAUACAGGAUUAAAGUUGGCUUUGUAUGAAAAACUUGCUUUAAUAAAAAAAUUCUCUGUA